UUGAAUUUUUCAUAAAUAUUUUUGGCAAUAUGAAGCUAUUAAUUUUACACGUUCUCAUUCACUUUGUAAUAUUUGGAGGGAAAUAUUAUUCUACAAGCGCAAAUCCACUGACAGGCGAAAGGAUAAAACUCUUAACAAAGAAUGAAUUUUCUUCCGCUGCAUGCCUCUUAAGAAAGACUAACGAUAAUUUAUUAACUAUUUUUUGCACGGCAACAUUCUUUACGACUUCUGAUCUUGUAACAACUGCUAGCUGCUUGCAAUUAUUUGAGACAGAGGGUUUUUACGUACAAGCUGGCUCUCAUGAUGUAAGGCUUGGUGAAUCAUACGAACCGACAUGGUGGAUCACGUUCGAUCAAUAUAUUGUCAAAUACAAUAAAACGAAACUGCAUGAUCAUAAUGAUAUUGGCGUGAUAAAAUUACCUUUUUCUGCGAGAUUCGUUACUCCGUCACCUCUCUCGCAACUAAGCCCGAGCCAAUUAAUCGGCAAAAAGGUAAAAGUGAUCGGAUGUACGCCUUGUUAUUCUAAUCCUUCAGAGCCAUUGACGAUCAAAAAGAAGGCACACGUGAACAUUUUAUCCAACGAAGAAUGUCUAGCUAAGGCGAUGAAAAUUCGCGAACAAAAUUGGUGUAUUCCUGAAUAUGUAUUGUGUACGAGGAACAAGCCACAUGCCAUUAUGGAUGAUCCUGACCAUGGCGGACCACUUAUACUUAACGGUGAACUUUUAGCAAUUACGUUAGGAUUAAUGUUUUUUGAGGAAAGCACAGAAGAUAAAAAGAAAAUUAAUCUUCAUUUAAGUAUUCACGAUUACAGAGAAUUUUUUAAGUUUAGCUAA